AAAUUCAGUCACAAGGGGUCACUGCUGCCUAAGGAAAUGUAUGAGAAGAAUGAAAAUCCAGAGCUCCUCCCUCAAAGUGACUGAAAACCCUGCCUGAAAGAUGCACAAUAAGGAUUACCAAGCAGAGAAUGCCACUGCCCUGAAAUCUAUACAAUAUCAAUCCAGAUGAGAUCCUGAGAUCUUGAUCUUCAAGGAAAGGGAAUUUUAGAAAAGAGGAGACAGUGCUGGGCUUUGUGUCUAUCUUUGCCAUGAUUGCCUGGCAGAAUGAUUCUUUGGUGAAGCAGCUGCUGCAAUUGAUUCUCCUCCACACAGCCUGGGAGAUGGGGAAUGGCCAGCUCCAUUAUUCUGUGCCGGAGGAAUCCCAGCAUGGCACCUUUGUGGGCCGCAUUGCUCAGGAUCUGGGGCUGGAGGUGAGUGAGCUGGUGCCUCGGAUGUUUCGGAUGGUGUCAAAAGGACAAAAGGACUUCUUUGAGGAAGUGAUGAGGACUACAAUAAAUUGCCAGUACUGAUACUUAAAAUCCCCCUUGACAGAGAAGACAUCCCAGUGCAUCAUUUAUUACUCACAGCCACUGAUGGGGGCAAGCCAAAACUCACUGGCACAGUCCAACUGGU